AUGAGCGACGCCAACGGUACCAGCACGAGCCGCGAAGUCAAGGCCGAGGGCCACGACUCCGACGAUGGCAGAACAGGGGAGGGAAAGACGACGUAUAAGUCGUGGAAGAAGAAGUACCGCAAGAUGCGCAUCACAUUUGACCAGAAGAUGCACGACUGCGAGGGGCUGCAUCGUCAGGAGUCUCACGCGCUUGCUACUGCCAAACGUAUCGCCAUCGAGAACGAUCGCAUACUCGACCUGCUGCUGGACAUGAAUGCCUCGGCUCAAAUACCCUACGACAAACGCUUCCACCUUGCGCAGGAACCCCCCGAAGAUUCCCCAUUUUCCCCUCUUGACGUCGACAAAGAGCCGAGUUCCGAUGGACCGACAAAGUCGUUGAAGACGCUGCUCAACGAGGUGCCGCACUACACCUACUCCCAGGCAAAGGAGCAAUAUCCCACCGUGGUUGCCGACAUGGAGCCUUUCUCCGGCGAGCCCCAUCCUCCGUCUUUCCUGACGCCUGAAGACAUCGAUGACUAUAUGCACGAUGUCGACAGACGUGUCGACCCUGACAACCUUCUUCCGACGCUGGCGCCCGCCGCCCGGACGAACGCCCCCCUUCCGGAGACCAACCCCCACGCGCUCUCCCAGAGCAUCGCUAUGAAGAACCCUACGAGCGUGUACAACUGGCUGCGUAAGCACGCGCCCAAGACAUUCCUGCAAGAUGCCGAAAAUGCUGCUACCGCCGUCGACGACGAGACUGUCGAGGCCCCCCCGACCGACGGCCGUAAGCGACGUGGCGGCGCACACAGGGGUGAAUCGACUCGUGGCGGCCGGUCCCGAGGUGGUAAGCGUGCCUCCCUCGCAGCCGUGCGGGCCGAGAAAGCCGCGCAGAGGGCCGCUGAGAAGGCGGCGGCGGCUGCCGAACGGGCAGCCGCUCUGCGGCGGGACGCCGACAGCUACGACCAGAGCAUGGAUGACGAGGCGGACUCGGAUGGCCCCAGCUUCGCGACGCCGGCCACGGGUCGCGGCAAGAGAAAGCGCGCCGGCAGAGACGAUGACGAGGGGUACCGGCCCCGGGGCUCGAGCAGCCGACCUACCAAGAAGAAGCGUAAGAGCGAGGGCGCUGACAUCGGGACCCCUACGGUGACCAAGCGAGGCCGCAAGAGCGAGGCCGCGCGCGACAGGGAUGACUAG